AUGGCGAGUACUGGAUCUACGAGCAAAGAGAGCGUUGCAGUUCAAAUUGAACCCAAGACAGGGAUCUCUUUUCCUGUCAAACUUGAUGAUGGAAUGGAAUUGGUUGCAGUUGGUUUGAGAAAGAAGUCCAUUCUUGGUCUUGGCGGUAUCAAGGUCUAUGGCUUUGGAAUAUUUGCAGAUAAUGAAAAGCUAAAAGAGGUUUUGAGGUUGAAGAUAGGAAGCAAAGCACCAUCUAAACCAACAAAAGAGAUGUAUGAAGCAGUGUUAGACAGUGAUGUAGGCAUGAUGGUCAGGGUAUUUGCCGAUGCAUCUGAUAACAUCAAGCUAACAUCUGGUUCAAUAAUUAACAUUGGCUUGAAGGAUGUGGUAGUGAGCAAGGUUGAGAGUGAGCUUCUCUGCAAGGCCUACUUUCAUAUGUACCUAGGAGACGAAGCAUUCGACGUGGAUGCCAAAGAAAGAUUUGGACACUCACUACUAUCUCUAUUCUGA